CAGAAAAAAAUGAAGCUUACGAAUCUGAUGCUAGUACAUCUAAUUGUACAUCAAAAUUGAUAAAUGCAAAACAUACAGAUUGCGCUAAUUUCACUCAAAUGUUAUGGAAAUCUAGCCUGCUAGUUGGAAUAGCGUUAUCUUGCAGCUCAAACAGCAGAACUGUGGCUGUGGCCCUAUUUCAACCUAAAGGCAAUUUGAUGGGUCAAUAUUAUGAAAACUUACCUAGAAGUGAAAGCUUAGAAAGUUUUGAUAGUUAUGAUUCUACAGAUUUCUGCAAAUCUCACAAUUACCAGAAUAAUGAAAAUUUUCGCGAAGAAUGCUUGAGAACUCAUAAUAAGCUUCGCGCUUUGCACGGGGCGCCUCCACUUCGAUUGAGUAAACGACUCUGCAAGUAUAGUCAACAAUGGGCCAAUACGUUAGCAAUUCGGGGACGAUUGGAGCACAGACCGCAUUCUGAAUAUGGGGAAAAUUUAUAUUGUACUUGGGACCUUGAUUCUACACCAUCUAAAAAUGUAAGCCGAGAUUUAUCAAAUUAUUCAUGGAGUCAUUCUGAAAUAACAUCUGAAUUCUCUGGAGCAUCAAGAAAUAGUCUAAAAACGAAGCAAAGUUCUGCUAUAGCGCAAAAGGCACGAUCAGAGAGCAGAUUAUCAAAUGGAACACCAACAUCGCCUGCCGGAACAACAUUUUUGACGACUUCUAGAGCAACUUCAUCUUGUUCGGAUAAUUUGCCAUCUUUAUGUUCCGGCAAAGUAUCUCCAUGCGUCGGCUUCAAAUCGGCAUCUGUCAACGGAAAAUAUAAAUUUUGUCCAAAUAUCAGCAAAUCGCUGAAGAAAUCGCCUCGCUCUAUUCCAGAACGGCCAGUGACAGCGCCACCAAAAGCAGGCUUAGGAUCUAAGAUUGUCCGUAGAUCAUCUUGCGUUUUUCCCCAACGUUCGAACACCAUUCCUAGGCCAUCAGCAUUUGAAAGGCGCCAGAUAAGAACUGCUUCUUUAUGUUCAGGAAGUGUUCCGGAGAGAUUGCACACGCCACCGAACGGCCGAGAGGCAGUAGAACGAUGGUACGCGGAAGUUGGGCAGCAUGAAUUUUAUAAGGAACCGACUACGCUACGCACAGGCCAUUUUACACAAGUUGUGUGGAAUGAUUCACGAGAAUUAGGUGUAGGUAUUGCUACAAAUAAACAAGGACAAACUUUCAUUGUGGCAAACUACCAUCCACCGGGUAACUUCUUAGGCAGUUUCACGCAUAAUGUUCCGCCCAUUGGAGGAUUUAGAACAAUGCUUUCUGAUGAAGAAGAAGAUAACAUCUGCAAUGGAAAAAGUAAGAACAAUAAUGAAAGCAGUGGUGAAUCUGAUGACAUGAAUAGAAAAAUCCAUAAAGAUGGUUCCGCAAAAUCUAGAAAAAAAAUCAUUGAAAGACAUAAAAUGCAAGAAUACAAUGACAAAAAUAUUGCACGAAUAAAUGGUAUUAUAAAUAAUAAAUUACAUGAAAUUUAUGAGUGGGAUGAAUUUGUUUUACAAGGCUUAAAAGUUCAUAAUGAAUAUAGAAAAAAACACGGUGUGCCAAAUUUAGUUUUAAGUCAAGAGUUAUGUGAAUCAGCACGAGAUUGGAGCCUGAAAUUGUCCCGAUUAAAUAAAUUUAAACAUAAGCCUGGUUGUGAAUUUGGAGAAAAUAUUUUUGUGGUAUGGUCAUCUGAUGUCAGCGAUCAUGUCUCAGCCAGGGAUGUUGUUCGAUGCUGGUAUGAAGAAGGGCGUGAAUAUGACUGGGAUGCCAAGGAAAAAGCGCGAGGUGGAGCACAAUUUACACAAAUCAUAUGGAGAGCAACAAAAGAACUUGGAAUGGCUGUUUCCAGUAACGGCAGAGGAAAAAUAUAUGUCGUUGCAAACUAUAGGCCCCGCGGUAAUGUCAUCGGCCAGUUUUCAGAGAAUGUCAACAAGCCUUUAUGACUAAGAUCUAAACUUGGUCUAAAAAGCAGGCCAAAGCAUAACGGUAUUGGAUAUGGUAAAAAGGAAUAAAUCAUUACAGUUUAUAAAUAAAUCAUUACAGAUAUGGUAAAAAGGAAAAAACAUUACAGUUUUAACCCAUUUUAAAAAGAAUUGUAUCAAUCAUAUUAAAGUUUUCAUCAAUUAUAAUUAUAACAUAUAAAUGUAGUUGCCAAAGUUUGCGCAUUAUAAUAAUAGACUGCUAAUUACGCUAAAUAUUAAUAAAAAAAAUGUAGAUGCUAAUUUUCAUAAAUCUCAUGGAGGGCAUUUUAUUUAAUUAUGAAAACUUAGGUAAUUAUAGGAACUAUAUAUUUAAUCGAUUUUUAACUAUUUAUACUAAUGCCAUUAAU